CGUUAUGAAUGAAAAUGGCUGUGGUUUUUAGUAAUGAUUUAUGGAAAAAUUGGGAUAAAACGGGAAAACAGGAAUUCACUAAAGCAUGUGUUCAGUUGCUUAAAAAUGACACAAAAACUCCGGUUUUCGAUGGAAAAGGUAAAAUUACCAACAUAUCCUCCCAUUUGAACACUGUUAUUGAUAAAGGCAUUAAGGGUGUUCUUAGAAAGGAACAAGUUGUUUCAGCUCUUCAGGAACUAGUCUCCUUACACACCGACAUUCCUUCAUUAAUUUUGGAUGUUUUAAAUAUACAAGAUGCUCUUACUUCAACUACUGAUAGUGAGGAUUCAAAGGAACGAGCCAAUUUUUGUUCCAUUGUCAAAGAAUGUGAAAAAUUUGUAUCAGAUAAGUUGUUAAAAGAACGGCUGGAAAUUGAGACUUUACAAGAAGUUGGAAUCCUUAAAAAUAGGACUUUUUAUUCUAAGUUUAUUAAAGUUAAAACAAAACUAUAUUAUAAGCAAAGAAAAUUUAACUUGUUUAGAGAAGAAUGUGAAGGUUUUGCAAAGAUAUUAACUGAAUUAAAUAAAGAAUUCAGUGAAACCACUGACCACAAUUCUCUACUUGAUAUUGUGCAAUCAUUAAUUGGUUGUUUUAAUUUAGACCCAAACAGAGUUUUGGAUGUUAUUUUAGAGAGUUUUGAAAACAAACCCAAAGAUUCGGCAUUGUUUAUUCCGUUAAUUCAGUCUUACAUGAAUGAUCCCAAAAUCAUAAGUGAAGUGUUAUCAACGAAGUUCUCCUUUUUAAAAAGCAAUGAAUUGGCUAUUCCACAAUCUCUAUACAUUUUAACUGCACAGCUGUUGCAACACAAACUCAUAUCUAUUGAUGAUAUUUAUUGCUGGUUGACUCCAGAAGAUAAGGGAAUGCUUAAGGAGCAUGAAAAAAGCAUAAAAGAUGCCAAAGAGUAUGUGCGUAAAUUGCAAAUAAUCUCGAUAAAUCAAAAGGAUAAAGAAGAUGCACCUGAAGAGGUGGAAAGUACGCAAGAUAAACAUGUAGGAAAUCAAAAAUUGGGCUUAAUCGAGGCUCUUUUAAUUGUUGGGGACUGGGAUACGGCGCAAAUAUUAAUGAAAAGGUUACCGGAAUAUUACGCCGUCAGUUAUCAGCCUAUAGGAGUGGCUGUUUGUAAAUUACUCAGCCAUAUUAUCGAGAAAUUAUAUAGAGAGAACUGUAAAAUUGGGCCAAAAAUAAACCGCAAGCCCCAAAAGCCCCAUCCAUCUUCCAAGGCGCCAAAACAGGCGCAAAAUUUUUUGGAACUAAGAGAUUUAGCGAUUCCAAUGCUUAUAACUCUUGGGCCUGCUCUAAGGUUCGAUCCUGUUCUUCUCAGCAAAAUCGUAAGGCUUUCAAAAUCGAUUUUGGGGUCUUAUGGAAUAGACAACCCCAAACAUGGGCCUCCAGCUGAAGAUUCUUUGUAUUAUGACAUUUUAACGUUGGUUGAUGUAUCUAUUUUACCCUCUCUAAGUUAUUUGGAGUGCAAUUGUUGCAUUGCCGAGGAAAUUUGGACUCUACUUAAGCUCUAUCCAUACCAGGUGCGAUAUUGUCUGUACAGUCGCUGGAAGAACGAAACGUACUCCAUCUACCCGGAUUUGCUGCGAAAACGCGGGGAUUCCGAGAAACAAAUAAAAAACAUAAUGAAGCGAGUCAGUAAAGAAAACGUGAAACCGGUCGGUCGCCUCAUAGGCAAACUAACGCACUGCUCUCCCGGGUUUUUGUUCGACUACGUUUUACUUCAAAUUCAAGUCUACAACAAUCUCAUAAAUCCUGUAGUGGAUUCCCUGAAAUACCUUACAAAUUUGUCGUAUGACGUUUUGGGUUUUUGCCUGAUCGAAUCUCUCGCAAACGCCGACAAGAAGCGCGUCAAACACGACAGCACGUCGAUUUCCACGUGGCUGCAGAGUUUGUCGAGCUUUUGCGGCGCCGUCUUCAAAAAGUACGUCAUCGAACUCAGCGGUCUCCUGCAGUACGUUGCCAACCAACUCAAAGCACAAAAAAGUUUGGAUUUGUUGAUUUUGAAAGAAGUCGUCCAAAAAAUGGCCGGAGUAGAUGCGCAAGAGGAUCUUACGAUAGAACAGUUAAAUGCCAUGGCCGGUGGCGAACUUUUAAAAGCUGAGGCGGGUUACUUUAGCCAAGUCCGCAACACGAAAAAAUCAUCUUUACGCCUGAAAGAAGCCAUGUCCGAGCAAGAUUUAGCUGUGGCUUUAUGCCUACUAAUGGCCCAGCAAAAUUACUGUGUUGUAUACAGGGAGACACAGAAAAGUCACUUAAAAUUAGUGGGAAAACUUUCUGAUCAGUGUCAGGACACUUUGGUGCAAUUUGGCACAUUUUUGGGUUCCACUCUUUCAGUGGAUGAAUACGUUAAUAAGUUGCCUACAAUACAAAGUAUGCUUCAAGAUUAUCAUAUACCGUGUGAGGUGGCUUUCUUCCUUGCCAGGCCCAUGUUUAAUCAUGCCAUAAACCAAAAAUACGAUCAGUUGCGCAAAGCGGACACAAACUACAAAAAAAUGUCGAGUUCGGUAAAAAACCAAAAGUACUAUGAGGCCGUAAUGGACGUGAUGGAACCGGUACACAAGUCCCUUAUCCCCUUACACCCUUUAAGAAUCUGGGAGGACAUCACGCCGCAAUUUUUGGCCACUUUUUGGAGCUUAACCAUGUAUGAUCUUUACGUUCCCGAAGAAACGUACGCUCAGGUCAUCAGCAAGUCCAAACACGCUUCACUUGCAGUCAUGGAAUCAAGCAGUACAAAGGGCAAAAAAGAGCAAGAACGCUUCACCACCCUGAUCGAAAAAUUGCAAGACGAAAAAAAGAAGCAAACGGAGCACGUGGACAAGAUAAUGCACAGGCUGAAGCAGGAAAAGGACGAGUGGUUUUUGAUGCGUGCGCAGAAAUCCGCCAAAAACGAAACCAUCACCCGGUUCCUGCAACUGUGCUUGUUUCCGCGUUGCACAUUCACGCAAAUCGACGCCCUUUACUGCGCCAAGUUCGUUCAAAUCAUUCACAUGCUCAAAACUCCCAACUUUUCCACUCUAUUGUGCUAUGACAGGCUGUUUUGCGACGUGACCUACUCGAUAACCUCGUGCACGGAGAACGAGGCGAUGCGUUACGGCCGCUUCCUGUACGCGAUGCUGGAAACGGUCACCAGAUGGCACCGCAGCAAAGAGGUGUUUGAGCGCGAGUGCGCCAACUAUCCGGGUUUUGUGACAAAGUACCGCGUCAGCAACCAGCACGCCGACAACUUGGACAACGUCGGUUACGAAAACUACCGGCACGUGUGCCACAAGUGGCACUACAAGCUCGCCAAGGCGAUGGUCACUUGUCUUGAGUCCAAGGAUUACGUGCAAAUCAGGAACUCAUUGAUUAUUCUCAUCAAGAUUAUACCGUUUUUCCCCGUCUUGGUGAAGUUGAGCCAGUUUAUCGAAAAGAGGAUCGAAAAAGUCAGGGACGAGGAGAAAAACACGAGACAAGAUUUGUUUACCUUGUCCAGUAGUUAUUUAGGAUUGCUGAAACAACGCAUGUCCGGCGGCCAUAUGAUGAAAGAGGGCGAGUUUCAUAUUCCAGUGGAAAAAGAACGCGCUCAAAAGAAUCACGAUUCAAAGGGCGAGUCAAACAGCAAACAUAACGGAGACGUAAAAGAAGACAAGGAACCAAAAGAGAAGAGCGAGAAAAAAUCGCGAUCCGACGACAGUUCAAAGAGCCAAAAGAACCAAAGUUCUCAGGAUUACUCACAGAGUGGCAAAGAUAGAGAAAAAUCGUACAAAGAUGAAUCAAAGGAUAAAUAUAGAAAAGACGACAAACGUGACGAUUUUGAUAAGGAAAGGGAAAGGGAUAAACGUCGCGAACGCAAAGAAGAAAAAGCGGCCGUAAAAGAAGACAGGCAAUAUAGAGAGGAAAGAUACAUAGAGAUGGUGAGCCCCAAGGAGGAGUUGCGCUACUCCUCCGAGCGACAGUCUUCCGAUCGUUACUACGAUGAGAGAGGGGGCGGCGGUCAUUAUUUCGGCGGUGGGGGCGGCAGCCGAGAAACACGCGACGAACGCGAAAUCACGAUGGGGGGCGGCGGCGGAAACGGCAAUGUCGGAAGGCACAGCCAGGAACCCGAAGCCGAUAGAGAUGUAAAACGAAGAAAAAUGGAGAGUUCAUCAUCGAAGAGUUCGAAGCACGACGAUCGAAAAUUGCAACAGCAAUUGUCCGACUACAUCAUAGAAAAGGCCGAGAAAAAAGAGCGCUCGUCAAAAACUAAAGAAAAACGCGAAAAACUCACCGAAGAAGAGAAGGAGAUGCGAAAACAAGAAAGGAAGUUGGGGAGAAAAAGGGAUAGAGCAGAAGAGGCCCAACAAAUAGCAGAGAUGAAACGAAGACGUGAUGAAGAUAAAGCUGAAAGAAAAGUAAUUUCGCAUCAAAAUGGGGAAAUACUGGAGCCUCCAAUUCACAGUUCUAGGGAUAAACACCACAGGACAAGGGAAAUUUCGCCAUACAACACCAGAGAAAGGUCCCACGAAAGGGGAGAUUCAAGGGAGAAUCGCGACAGAGACAAACAUAGAAGGACGACGGAAAACAAGAGAAGAUAACCGAAGAAAACGGAGUGGAAAUUUAUUUUUACCUAUCUUAUUGGCAAAACUGUCAAAUAAUGUAUAUUUUGUAUGUUAAUCAUGCGAUAAUAAAUCAAGUAAUUAAACAUA